GGCCCAGCAGACGGUUAUUCACCAUGGAGAACAUUUCAGACACACGGGCUCGGACUCGCCCCUGUCACGGUUCGGGGGAUUUGUGUGAGUUUUCCAACGGGACAGACACUAACUUCACUCUACCUGAGCAGUACCCAGAUUUCUACAUCGUGCUGCCCGUGAUCUAUUCUGUGAUCUGUGCUGCCGGCCUCACGGGCAACACGGCUGUGAUCUAUGUCAUUCUCAAAGCCCCGAACAUGAAGACCGUGACGAACAUGUUCAUUUUAAAUCUGGCGAUUGCAGAUGAUCUGUUCACCCUGGUGCUGCCCAUCAAUAUCGCGGAGCACCUUCUGUACUACUGGCCCUUCGGGGAGAUCAUGUGCAAGCUCAUCCUUUCCAUUGACCACUACAAUAUCUUCUCCAGCAUUUAUUUCCUGACCGUCAUGAGUAUAGACCGCUACCUGGUGGUCUUGGCCACCGUGCGCUCCAAGAAGCUGCCGCAGCGCACUUACAGGACGGCCAAGAUGGUCAGCCUCUGCGUCUGGCUCCUGGUCACCCUCAUCGUCUUACCCUUCACCAUCUUCGCCCAAGUCUACACCGACCCCAUGAACAGGAAGAGCUGCGUCCUGGUGUUCCCCAGACCAGAGCGCGCCUGGUUGAAAGCCAGCCGCAUCUACACCCUGAUCUUGGGCUUCGCCAUCCCAGUCUCCACCAUCUGCCUGCUCUACACCAUGAUGCUGUACAGGCUGAGGAACAUGCACCUGAACUCGAACGCCAAAGCCCUGGACAAAGCCAAGAAGAAGGUGACACUGAUGGUCUUCAUCGUGCUGGCCGUGUGUCUGUUCUGCUGGACUCCCUUCCACCUCACCACCAUUGUCUCUCUGACCACGGAUGUUCAAGAGACGCCUCUUGUGAUUGGGAUCGCCUACUUUAUCACCAGCUUAAGCUACGCCAAUUCCUGCUUAAACCCCUUUCUGUACGCCUUUCUGGACGACAGUUUCCAGAAGAGUUUUAAGAAAUUAUUGGAGUGCAGAGCAGCGUAG